AUGAGUAACCCUCGGCCACUGCAGGAGGAGAGAUAUGACAUGUCAGGUGCCCGACUGGCCUUGACUUUGUGCGUUACCAAAGCCCGGGAGGGCUCUGAGGUAGACCUGGACGCCUUAGAGAAUAUGUUCCAGCAACUGGGGUUCAAGAGCACGGUGAAGAGGGACCCCACUGCCCAGCAAUUCCAGGAAGAGUUGGAGAAGUUCCAACAGACCCUGGACACCUGGGAAGGUCCCGUCAGCUGUGCCUUUGUGGUCCUGAUGGCGCACGGGGAGGAAGGCGUCCUCAAGGGAGAAGACGGGCAGAUGGUCAAGCUGGAGGGCCUCUUUGAGGUCCUCAACAACAAGAACUGCAAGGCUCUGAGGGCCAAACCCAAGGUGUAUAUUAUCCAGGCCUGUCGAGGAGAACACAGGGACCUCGGUGAGACGGUGGGUGAAGACCAGCUGAUGGCCAUCGCCAGAGACAGCCCCCAAACCAUCCCCACCUACACAGAUGCUCUGCACAUCUAUUCCACAGUGGAAGGUUACAUCGCCUACAGACACGACCAGGAAGGCUCUUACUUCAUCCAGACCCUAACCGACGUGUUCAUCAACAGGAAAGGCCCCAUCCUGGAGCUUCUGACCGAGGUGACCCGGCGGAUGGCUGAAGCAGAGCUGAUCCAGGAAGGAAAGGCCAGAAAAGUGAACCCUGAGAUCCAAAGCACCCUCCGGAAGCGACUCUACCUGCAGUAG